UAUAUUUAAUUUUUAAAUUAGAUAUAUUGACGUGAUGUGAUUUUCAGUAAUUAAGAGAUCCGUAAAUCGGUUUAUUUUCUUCUCUCUCCACCAAAACGAAAAAAAAAAAAAAAGAAAUUAUUUAGACAACACUUUCCAGUCUUCUCUUUAAAGAACCUACCCAAAUCAUUAUAUAUAUUAAUCUAAGUUAAAGAAAUGGCUAGAGGAGGAGGAGAAAAUUCCAAGAAAGCAGCUGGUAAUGCAAAAAAGGCAGAACAAGCCAAUAAGAAAAAACAAGAAGCAGAUUCUAAAGUUGAAGCUGAAGAACAAUCUGAAUGGGAAAAAGGAUCUAAAAAGGGGAAUAAGAAACAAGAAGAUGCUGAAUUUAAACGGGAAGAAGCUGCUCGUAAGAAAGCAGAACGUGAUUUGUUAUUAGCUGCUGAAGAAGCAAGUAUGCCUACCAAACCUCAACAAUCGAAACAAAGAGGAGCAGCUAAAGUGGCCGCUAAAAGAGCAGGAAAGAUUGAUGAUUUCCUUGAUUUUAAUAAAGAAACUCCUGAAUUAAGUGCUACUGGAUUAGAUGCUGCCUUAGAAGCAUUAGCAUUGACUCAAAAGGAUGGAGGAUUAAGCAAUAAAGAUAUUGAUAGACAUCCUGAAAGAAGAGUUAAAGCUGCCUUUAAUGCAUAUGAAGAAAGAAGAUUACCAGAAGUCAGAAAAGAACAUCCUGGAUUAAGAUUACAACAAAUUAAGCAUUUAAUAUUUAAAGAAUUUCAAAAAUCAAAUGAAAAUCCAAUGAAUCAAGAUACUAAUAUUCAUUUUAAUGCCACUGGAGAUGAAAUUACCAGUAAGAAACAUGAAGUUAAAUCAAGUAGAGAAAAGAAAUUUAAUUAGAUUAGUUACAUGUUUACUUAUACAUAGCUCACUAGUAAAAGAAGAAAAUUACAUCAUUGUCACAUUGUAAAUUUAUAUAGUAUAUACACAAUACAGAAGAAGAAGAAGAGAAAAAAAAAGUGGUGGAUAAAAUUUAAA